AUGCCUCCAGACAUUCGAUUGUAUAUCGUAAGACACGGAAAGACCGAAUAUAACGUCAAGGAUAUCAUACAAGGACAACUUGACAUCCCACUUAACUCACUAGGUAGAUCACAAGCAGAAGAAUCAUCUGAGAAAUUCAGGAAUAUAAUCAUUGACGAACUUUGGAGCUCUGAUCUAUCCCGUGCCAAAGAGACAGCAAAGAUAAUUUCGCAAUAUCAUGUUGGACUGCCACUUCAAGUCGAUGCAAGAUUGAAAGAAAGAGGAAUGGGAAGUUGGCAAGGAAAACCCAACGAAGAAGUCGGAAUGUCAUCUGAGCCCGAUGAUGUAGAAUCAUACCAAGCGACUACUCAUAGAACCAUCGCAUGGCUCCACGACUUGCUUUCAGCACACAUUUCUGCUACUGAGUCUGUGAGAUCAGUAGUAGUCGUUACCCACGAAGACUGUAUUACCUCUCUUGCCCAAUGCAUACGUUCCGGCUCUUCUGAUAUCGAUCAAAGUCUCCUCUUCGACGUCAAAGAAGGAAUUGGAAUGGAAGACGGUUGCCCUAAUCUUGGCGUAUCGAAAAUUGAGUUUAGCUACGAUGACCUGAAAUGGAAAGGAACAGUAUUUGCCUGGAGUGAAGUUGGUCCCGUAUAA